AUGGCGAGCGGAAGGUGCAGAGACGCCGUACCACUUGAGUAUCGAGGGAAGAUAGCCAUCAUAACGUUGGACAAGCCUAAGAAACUGAAUGCUUUGACCAAGGAUGAAUUUUAUCACCUUUCAAGGACUCUCGCCGAAGUUGCGAGGCAGGACGCUGUUGUUGCAACCGUUCUAACAGGAAAUGGAAGAUUCUUUUCAGCGGGCGCAGAUGUGUCAGUCUCGCGACAAAGCCCUCCUGGCACCGAUGUGUAUCGGCAGCAUCUCACUACGACCGUGGCGAGCAACCUGAAUCUAGCGCGAGCGUUCUAUACGCAUCCAAAGAUCCUCGUUGUCGCUCUGAACGGACCAGUUGUUGGGAUGUGUGCAGCUGUCAUUGCUUUCGCCGACUUCAUAUAUUGUGUGCCGCAAACAUACUUGCUGACGCCUUUCGCCAGCCUGGGAUUGAUAAGUGAGGGCGUUUCGUCGAUUGCUUUUGCGGACCGCAUGGGCAUCUCCAAAGCGAACGAGGCGUUGAUUUGGGGCAAACGGAUCUCGAGUAGCGAAUUGCUGGCCACAGGGUUCGUCAACGAAAUCCUAGAUUGUGGGCAAGAUGCAUUCCGAGAGAAAGUCCUUGACGAAGUCACCCAGCGCUUCCACGAUGGCCUGAACCACUCAAGCAUGCUCCAGAUCAAGGAUACCAUCAGGAAGCGACAGCGUAGAGAGCUGGACGCACAGGCUGUCGAUGAAGUGUUCGGUGCACUCGAGCGCAACGUCCAAGGGAUUCCUCAGAAAGAGUUUGAGAAGCUGCGGAGAGGUCAAAAGAAACACAAGCUCUGA